CGCCAACUCGCGCUUCCUUCUUGAAACGGCCAUUUCCCACUGCACACCACCACCCAAAAUGAGCGCGACCUUGACGAGGCAAUGUCCCCACGUCGCUUGCAGCUUCACUGAGGCCACCGGCAAUGUCUCACGGCUGAUCGACCACAUCAAGGUCACACACGACCUCACCGAAAUCCCAUCCCUUCUGGCCUUGGUGCAAGUUGUCAACGUUGGUAGUGGUUCUGGUCCUCACCGCUGCGAGAAGUGCAACAAGACGUGCAGGUCUGUUCGACACCUCAAGGAUCACAUUCGAAAGUCAAAGGCGCAUGAAGACGAGUACAAGACGAGGGACACGUUUGUUUGCGUGAACUGUGACUGUGGCGGGUUUCCGAGCUGCGCACAGCUUGUGGCACAUAUCCAAAGCAACCAUCCUUCAUACCAUGAAACGGUGGUGGAUAUGCGCCAUUUCAGAACCCUGAACGCCUUCGCGGCGUGGCUGCUCGAUGAACAGGAGACGACAUAUGCGUUCUACACGAAUGAGCCAUGGACUGAUCUCAAGCGGAGGACACCAACAACCUGGGCUCGGUGUGUCGUGACGCUGCCUGAGUGUGGCCGAGUGCGGGCUGAGCUGUUCAAGGAGCACACUCAUAGCCUGAGUGUCCUUGGCAUCCCAAUACCGGAUGAGUUUACAGCCAGCAUGCACACCCUCGCCCGAGGGAAGCACGGCGCGGGCUAUGUAUUAGAAGAAGGCAUCACCAACAACCGCAGGACGUGUGUGUACGCGAAAAAAACUGUUGCAGCGAGACAUCAACGUCAACGGCAGCAGCGCGCGCACUUUCGCCCCACUAAUGCUGAGGCGGAAACGCCGCUGAGCCCGACAGCGCAGACCACAGAGGUUCGUUCCGCAAAAACCAACCGCACAACACCGCGCCAUAACGAGAAGCUGGGCCGCAAUCACACCCGCUGGAUGAGCAAGGAAGUGAUGGUCGUUGUUGGUGUCAGCAAACCGCAGACCCUCGACCGCAGCUACAUCAGGUCUUGGCUUCCAACCGACCGCGGUCGCCCACAACUCAUCCCAUCGACUGUGUCACAUUCUGUGUUGGCGGUACAGGGCGGGUCGACAGCCUGA